AUGGCCUACCAACAGCCUGGAUCAUCUUCCGCACCGUUCCAGCCUACCGGCGCGCAGGUGCUUCCACUGAGUCAAAAUCCCGGCCCAAAUCAGCAGUAUGCCACGCCAUCCGGGGCGGCUAUGCUCCCCCCUCAGCGGCCUUAUCAACCAAAUCCCAACUCGUCCAACGCGUCCGGGACCGCUCUGACCUCCAGCGCGGUGCCUUCGGGGCAACCGCCUUCCCAAUCGCAGCCAUCUGCAGCGUCCGCAAUGACCGUUGCUGCGAACUCUCCGACCUCAACACAAGUGACGUCGAACGCUGAUGCUUCGGGGCAACCGAAUCCCCCAACACCAAAGAUUGGCAAGCUUUCACGGGAGAACGAAGAACGCGUCGCCGCGUUAUUGGGUCUCAAUUCCCUUCUGCUCCGAGAGCUUCAGCAGCUACAAAGUGUUGGUGCUGCACUCGCACCUGUUCAGGGUUCGCCUCAACAGCAGAAUGCCUCAGCUCCCCAGAAGCCACUGGACGCCGCUGGUGAAGCACAAAAAUCUCCUACCGGGUCGGUGACGACGCCUACUACUACCACCCCUACACCUCAGACUCCAAAAUUGACCAAACCUCCCCCCAAACUACUCUACGACAAUUAUUUGAAACGUAUACAGGUCAACAUUGCCUACCUCCUCGCCUUAUCAGGAAAUAGGCCCCUUCCCCCUCACCCUGGCGCUAUGGAAUCGCCUCCGGAUUCAUGGUUUCAGCCGUCGCCCGGAGAAGUUGUCCCAGACGGCACUGACGAAAGGGCAAAGGAAACAGCCAAGAAAUUCAAAGAUGCUUACCAAAAGCUCAGAGAGUUGUGGCCCAAUUACAAACGCCCCCAGAAGCCGCCACCACAGAUGAUGGGACAACCCCCGCAACUCCCCCGCAAUCACAGCAGCAGCAGCAGCAACCAAUGCCUGCGCAAAUCCCAUCUCUUGGACAAGAACAGAGUGACCAGAAUCGGGGUCUUGCGCAAAAUCACCAGGACCAAGGUUCCGAACCGCUAG